AGUAUUUAUAUUCAUAAAGCUAGACCACCAUGUCUUUAGCUGAACAAUCACAGAAGUGGUUUCCAACUCAUGUCCAAGUAACUGUUCUGCAAGCAACAGACCUUCAACCUAAGGGCAAGAAUGCCACCAAUGAUGCCUACACCAUCAUUCAGCUGGGCAAAGAGAAGUACUCUACAUCUGUGGCGGAGAAGACACUCAGCCCUGUGUGGAGAGAAGAAGCCUCAUUCGAACUGCCAGGUUUACUGUUAGAGGGCAACCCAGAGAUUUAUGAGCUAUGCCUCACCGUUAUGCAUAGGUCCCUAGUUGGCAUGGACAAGUUCCUGGGCCAGAAAACAAUCAACCUGAAUGAAAUUUUCGAUAACAAAGAGCGGAGAAAAACAGAUUGGUACACGCUUGACUCUCGGGCUGGGAAGAAGAGAAAAGAGCGAGGGAAGAUUCAGGUGAGUAUUCAGUUCAUGAGGAACAACAUGACAGCCAGCAUGUUUGAUCUCUCCAUGAAGGACAAGCCACGUUCGCCCUUCACCAAACUCAAGGACAAGGUGAGAGGUCGCAAACACGACGGCAUUCCCUCCGACACCUCGUCAGCUAUUCUGCCCCGAUCUGCCCUGAGCGAUGCUUACCCACACCCGGCCGGCCCAGGCCCGCAUCCUCACCAGAAACCCAUUCCAGAGCCCAGACCGAAACGCUCUCUGCUCGUAGGCACACAGAAACUCUCGGCAGCUCAUUCCAUGUCCGAUCUCAUCGGAACCCAUUUCAGACCCAAACUGGACUCCAUGAACUCCAUCGAAGAGACUGCUACUGGUUCACCCCACCGCCGGUCCCAGAGUGAGGUGCCAGGUUACCACGAAGAUGAGACGCACAGUGAUCCAUUCUCUGAUAUUGGAGACAAUAUGCCGCAAAAGUAUGCCACGCUGCCACGUAACCGCAACCCUUUUGAGGGUGACCAGGGGGCGCUGUGGAGCGGGUCCGAUCGGAAAGAGAAGAAAGAGAAGGUCAGUUUGUUGGAGCGAGUGACUGGAAAAAAAGAAGGGAGAAAAACGAGUAACGGCAGCAAAUCAGGGAGUUCCAGCGACCUUCGUUCUCCCAAUCCAUUCAGCACCGAACCAGUGGGCGAAACCAACCCUUUCCUUUCGCACUACAAAUCCAGUGACAAUAUGAAAAACCGCACCAGCAGUGAAGACCUCGCUCAGAAGCGCAGAACCUCUCCAGAGAAGAAAAGUGUAAGAGAACAUCUGAAAAUGAUGGACGUUUCCCAGAUGAGUAUGGCAGCCUACUCUGGUCUCUCCUUUGAGGAGGUGGUACAGGAGCUGAUCAAACAGAAGGAGGUGGUAAAGAAGAAAGACGCUCAUAUUCGUGAGCUGGAAGACUACAUUGACAACUUGCUGGUACGCGUGAUGGAGGAGACUCCAAGCAUCCUGCGGACCCCGUACGAACCCAAAAGAAAAGCAGGGAAAAUAUCAAAGAAAUAGAGGUGACCAUCUCAGCGGACACCAAGCACUUCUGUUCUAAGCAGUGGGUGUCAGAUAGAGUUCCAGAAAUCGUGGGGGAAAAGUGGAGUAACCAAAUCUUUAGGCAAAGAACACAGGGCAUAUUAGUGUAUCAGUAAUUUCAGCCUACGAGUUUAUUGAACCUGCAGUGAGAUUUGAGGCCGAAGCACUCAAACUAUUUGUUCAGAUGCCAAAACCUGUGAAAACUCGGAUCCAAGCACUAU